AACUCCAGGAAACCACGCGCCAGGCGCCAGCUUCCAAGACUGUUCGUUCUCGCUCUCUCUGCCUGCCCUUCACAGAACGAAUCAAUCAAGUUGCGAUGGCUGAGAGGGUGCUGGUGAUCGGCAGUGGGGGACGAGAGCAUGCACUGGCCUGGAAGUUGGCCCAGUCCCCGCAUGUCCAGCAGGUACUGGUGGCCCCCGGAAACGCUGGGACGGCCAGCUGUGGAAAGAUCUCCAACUCAGCGGUGUCUGUGAGUAACCACUCCAUCCUGGCCCAGUACUGUAAAGACCAUAAUGUUGGACUGGUGGUGGUUGGACCUGAGGUGCCUCUUGCUGCAGGCGUGGUGGAUGACCUGAUGGCGGCUGGCGUGCCGUGUUUCGGGCCCUCUGCCAAGGCGGCCCAGCUGGAGGCCAGCAAGAGCUUCUCCAAGAGCUUCAUGGACCGCCACGGCAUCCCCACGGCACGCUGGAGCUCCUUCACCGACCCCCAGGAGGCCUGCCGCUACAUCAGGGGGGCAGACUUCCCGGCUCUGGUGGUGAAGGCCAGUGGUCUAGCAGCAGGUAAGGGGGUGAUCGUGGCCCAGGACCAAGAGGAGGCGUGCAUGGCAGUAGAGGACAUCAUGAAGGACAAGGCAUUUGGCUCUGCUGGGGAGACGGUGGUGGUUGAGGAGCUGCUUGAAGGGGAGGAAGUGUCUUGUUUGUGCUUCACAGAUGGCAGCUCCGUUGCAGCCAUGCCUCCUGCCCAAGACCACAAGCGCCUGCUGGACGGAGACAAGGGACCCAACACUGGGGGCAUGGGAGCCUACUGCCCUACGCCACAGGUCUCUGAGGAGAUGUUGCAGCAGAUCAGAGAGACGGUGCUGCAGAAGACUGUGGAUGGCAUGAAAGAGGAGGGAACACCUUAUGUGGGUGUGCUGUACGCAGGCAUGAUGCUCACCCCUCAGGGCCCUAGGGUACUGGAGUUCAACUGCCGCUUUGGAGACCCUGAGUGCCAGGUGUUGCUGCCCCUGCUGAAGAGUGACCUGUAUGAGGUGCUGAAGAACACGCUGGAGGGAAAGCUGUCCUCUAGCCCCCCCUUAUGGCAGGAGGGGAUGGCUGCAGUCACCGUGGUCAUGGCCAGUCCUGGUUACCCUGGAGCUUACAAGAAGGGCAUCGAACUCACAGGUCUGUCCCAGGUAGAGGAGCAGGGCUUGCAGGUGUUCCACGCAGGGACGGCCCUGAAGGAAGGAGGGGGCGUGGUCACCAGCGGUGGGCGUGUCCUGACAGUGACGGCAGUGAUGGCUGGUCUGGACAGUGCCCUCCACAAGGCCAAUCAGGGCGUGGCGGCCGUGGGAUUCCCCAACGCAGUGUACCGCCGAGACAUCGGUCACCGCGCCAUCGCACACCUCACACGUUCUAGAGGUCUGACCUAUAAGGACAGUGGGGUGGACAUUGCCGCAGGCAACCAUCUGGUGGACCUGAUCAAGCCACUGGCUAAAGCCACUACUCGGGCAGGGUGCAAUGCUGAGCUGGGUGGUUUUGCUGGCCUAUUUGACCUGAAGGCUGCUGGAUUCAUUGAUCCUGUUCUCGUGUCAGGGACAGAUGGUGUGGGGACCAAGCUGAAGAUUGCCCAUGCGUGUGGACAGCACGGCACUCUGGGCCAGGACCUGGUGGCCAUGUGUGUGAAUGACGUGCUGGCCCAGGGGGCAGAGCCCUUGUUCUUCCUCGACUACUUUGCCUGCGGCCAGCUGGACGUGGGAGUGGCCUCCUCCGUGAUUGGAGGGAUUGCAGACGCCUGCAAGAUGGCCGGCUGCGCUCUGCUGGGCGGUGAGACUGCAGAGAUGCCGGGCAUGUAUGCCAAGGGAGAGUACGACCUGGCGGGCUUCUGUGUGGGGGCGGUGGAGCGGAGCGCCCUCCUGCCCAGGCUGGGGGACAUCGCUGAGGGGGACCUCCUGAUCGGAGUGGCUUCCUCUGGGGUGCACAGCAACGGCUUCAGCCUGGUCCGCAAGAUCCUGGAGAAGGCCGGCCUGCACUACAGCUCGACCGCACCCUUUGGCAAACCUGGAGAAACCAUUGGUGAUGUGCUGCUGACGCCCACUAAGAUCUACAGUCGUCUGCUGCUGCCGGUGCUGCGUAGUGGAGUUGUGAAGGCCUACGCCCACAUCACUGGAGGAGGCCUACUGGAGAACAUUCCACGCGUGCUGCCCAAGGAGCUGGCAGUAGACCUGGAUGCCACUCGUUGGCGUAUCCCUCCCGUGUUCUCCUGGCUGCAGGAGGCCGGGGGCCUGAGCGAGGAGGAGAUGGCCCGCACCUUCAACCUGGGCCUGGGGGCCGUGCUGGUGGUGGCCCGGCCCGAUGCCCAGAGGGUCCUCCGCCAGCUGCAGGCCCACGAGCAGGCCUGGAUCGUGGGCUCGCUGGCUCACAAGCAGCCUGGGUCUGAGCCCGUGGUGGUGCAUAACCUGUCAGCCAGUCUGAAGGCGGGUCCAGAGUCAAGUCCAGACACCAGCGCUCUGCCCAACGGCAACACGCACUCUGAUCACGGACAACGGAGACGCGCCAGAGUCGGGGUGCUCAUCUCCGGAACAGGCACAAAUCUGCAGGCCCUGAUGGAGCAGGCGAAGAAGCCGUCGAGUGCUGCUGAGAUCGUGGUGGUCAUCUCCAACAGGCCAGGAGUGUUGGGACUCAAGAGGGCCUCCAUGGCCGGCAUCCAGACACGGGUGGUGGACCAUAAGCUGUAUGGUAGUCGGUCUGAGUUUGACAGCACCAUAGACCGUGUGCUGGAGGAGUUUGGGGUGGAGGUGGUCUGCCUGGCCGGCUUCAUGAGGAUACUCACCGGGACCUUUGUCAAGAAGUGGAACGGGAAGCUAUUGAACAUCCACCCGUCACUGUUGCCAUCGUUCAAGGGUGUUAAUGCCCAGAAGCAGGCUCUUCAGGCAGGCGUCCGUGUGGCAGGCUGCACCGUUCACUUUGUUGCCGAGGAGGUGGACGCUGGAGCCAUCAUUGUCCAGGAGGCGGUGCCUGUGGUGGUGAAUGACACCGAGGAGAGCCUAUCAGAGCGCAUUCGCGAGGCGGAACACAGGGCCUUCCCAGCAGCCCUUGAGCUGGUGGCCAGCGGAGCGUUGAAGCUCGGCGAGGACGGACGCAUCAUCUGGAACUCCACAAUGUAAACAACAACAAAAUAAAACAGUGGUGUUCCAAUUCCAUGGUUCAGUUACUAAGUUAAUCUGGAGUAAGUAGUAAAUCUACUAGUAGUAGAGACUUGUGGCUUUUUUUUCCAAGCAAAUAAAAAAUUUCAAGAGGGCUCUGAUAUUAGGGGGUUUACCAUUUACCACACCAUGGUCAGAGAAACUGGAUAAUAUUAUACUCUUAGAAAUCUCGGUAGUUACACGGUAAGUUACUUAACCUUUCUGGAAUGAUCCCCUGGAUUUCUUUCGCAUCCAUUCCAUCAAAGGAACAAAUCAAUCUCUUCCUGCAAAAGGAUCAGCUGUAUGUUGUAAUACUGUAUGUGUGUGCUUAGUGAUACAGCCAAUGUAAAGCACAUGUUACAUUGUCAUUUUUAAGUGUACCGAAUUAUUACUGAAGAACUAUGUAAUUAGAUUGUUUACAUAAAUUGCCAUUUCAAGGAUGCUCUCACUACUGUUACAUGGAGAGUAAUCUGUAGAAAAUGUGACAUUCCCUUUCCUUUAAUCAUGUCAAUCAUUCCAGAGGGUUUUCUCUUCAGUGUACUUGAAAGUAGCCUUCUCAUUCCGUAAUACUGACACUGUUGAUACUACUUGAACAUUUGGGAACUUCUAUGGCACUAACCCAAGUUAGAAGCUGCAUGAAACGUUGUUCUGUUGGUUUGUCUGGGUAUUUGUGUAGCACGGUAUGUCAUGCACAUUGCACGCACAAAGACGAGGAAAAAAAUGUGGCCUCAUUGCCUUGAAUAAAUAAAAUUGCACUGUAAUGUA